UAUGUUUCGUUAAUACGAUUUGGGCAUUUUUUCUUUUCGCUUUUCGCAAAUUUUCGGAUCUCUUCUGUUUCUUCGAAUCAAAACCCUAAUUCCCCCAAUUUCAGUUUUCAGCCUCGAAAAACCUAUCUCCCUCUCUAACUUCUCAACGGUUUUCCCAUUCAAGAGCUCGAUCCACAGGGACAUAUUUGCUACUAAAGAGAUGUCUCCUGCUUCCAAAUCCAAGUCUAAAGACAAAAAGGCAGGAAAGGAAGCUCAAAAAUCUUCUGCCAAGCCCUCGGGAUCUGGUAAUGCAGUAGCUGGAGUACCAGCUAGUGCAUACAACCCUUUAUCGGGAACUUUCCAUACUCUGGAGAUGUCACCAACAUCUACCUCCCAAGUACAUUCUAAUGGCCGUUUUCGGAACAUAGAUGAGACUGAUGAACAUCCUGCUGGCUCUGUGGUAGCUAGUGUGGAGUAUGAUUCUGUUUCUAACAAUGGUAGUUGGUCUGGUGAGUCAGAAGAUCCUAAAGAGAAAGGUUCUAAUCCUCCUGUUCGAUUGGAAGCAGUACCGGGAGCUGAUAAUGACAAAAGAGAGAAAAUCCGCCAAAAGAAUGAGAGGAAACAUCAACGACAGAAGGAAAGGCGAGCACAAGAGUUGCAUGAUCGUUGCAGUGGAUAUAUUAUGUCAAGGAAACUUGAGUCACUUGCGCAACAGCUUGUGGCCAUGGGGUUUUCUCAUGAGCGUGCAACAGUAGCAUUGAUACUGAAUGAAGGAAGGGUAGAAGAAUCAGUAGCAUGGCUGUUUGAAGGUGGUGAAGAAGCAGACAAUCAUAAGGAUACUAAUAUAGGUGGGGGUAAUUUGAAAAUUGAUAUAUCAGAAGAACUUGCUCGGAUUGCAGACCUAGAAAUCAGGUACAGUUGCUCAAAGCAGGAGGUUGAAAGAGCAGUUGUUGCUUGUGAGGGUGAUCUUGAUAAGGCUGCAGAGUCUUUGAGAGAUUUGAAGCUGGAUCGACCGUCUGGUCUACCAAAGCCAGAGGAAAUUGAUGAUCUUCCUUCCCAUAGCAGUAAGCAGUCAGGAGUAGUGAUUCAGAAUGCCAGGACCCAGACAAAACCCAUUCUUUCCCCAAAUCAGCCCAAAAAAGAUGAAAAGGAUUUUAACUAUACAAAGCAAGCGGUUAUGCUGGGAGGAUCUACAGAAUCCGGCAGCAGACUUGUGCAGCCUCUUAAGAGAAUCCAACCAAAGUCUGAAUGGACAAAAUCUCAACAAACUGCUGUACCAGCUGACAAGAGGUGGCCAACUGCAGGAUCUAAUCCUUCAGUUUCUUAUUCGUUGGCACCACCCUUGCAAGUUUCAACCACACCUGCCAAGACAGAAGCUUCUUAUAUGACUGUUGGAGGUGAUUAUAAGAACCUUCAACCUGGAGCAGCUAGGGAGCCAGUAAUUGUGAUGCAGCGUCCACAAACUCUAAAUGCAAAGCAGAUUCCACCAGCCAGUAUGAGUUCAUCUCCUCCUGGAGCAGCUGCCAGUUGGUAUCCAUCCAACAGUGUAGAAGUCAUGAGGUCCAAUGGCUUUAUGUCUCACCCCACUAGCACUAGAAGCCACAGUUCAAACUAUUUCAGUUCUAAUCAACUGUACCACCAACUUCAGUGUCAACCACCUCAACAGUUUCUGGCUGGCAAUAGCAGUUCAGUAGAUCUUCAAGCAACCAACCGAGGGAAUAGCAUAUGGAGUAGAGCGGCUACAUCCCCAACGCUUGCUGCUGCUUCUUCUCUUGGACUUUUCUCUGGGCUAGGAUCGGCAGCAACAUCAGGGGCAACUUCCCCGGUAGAUUGGAGCACUGGGGGUACAAUGCAAUUUGAUUAUACCAACAUAGACUGGUCCUUGGAUCGAGGUUUAUCUCCACCACGGUCCAAUGCAUUAUUGCUAGGGCUUUCACCUUUUACAAAGAGUAGUGCUCUAUAUGGCUCAAAUGCUUCUGGCGUGGCUGCUCAGCCAGGAAUUAGAUCAAUACCCUCUAAUGGUAGCAUUGUUCCCCUGCCUGGAUUGCAAGAUGGUGGAGUAUCCUCUGCUGAAACAUCAGGUUCUCGGGAAUGGAGUUCUCCAUUCGAAGGGAAAGACCUUUUUAGUUUGCCGAGACAGUUUGUUUCUUCUCCUUCUCUGUAGAGUGGAGGGGAGAAAUCAAAUGAAUAAAAAAAGACCAAAAAAUGUGUGGAUUUGAUGUUUGUUCUUAUGAUGCUAUAGUUGAUAUGAUGUUGGUGGUAAGCUUUCAGCGGAAAACUGGCGUUUAAUUUCUGGUACCAUUUCACAUGCACA